AUGCGAUUUUCUUUAUUAGAUAUAAGGUUGGUAUACGGCGAUGAAUAUACUAAGGUCUCUCUCGCCCAUUCUAUCUCCCUUACCGACUUCUACUUCCUAAACCCAGAAAUCGACGCAAACUACACAAACCUCCUGCUUAACGAGGCAUACUAUGUCAAGGCCGUUGGUUCAAUCACUAGCUACGCAAACUACACGGUGACUAGAGUAUUGCCUAUCACCGUCACGCCCGUUAACUUCACCAACGUGAAUACUAACAUUCCUACGGCCACAAGCGAUCCUUGCUAUAUAUAUACGGGAGCGGCGCUCCUUCCCACCGCUUCGGGCACUAUCCUAGACUACUAUGACUACGAAAAUCCUUCCAACUAUACUUCUGAGUGUGUGGCGAUGGCGACAUUUUGGGGCAUUAUAAUGAAACAAAUGGUCACUUGGAAUCCAAGUCUUGUGAACAACGCAAGCACCUAUGAGCUCAACAUGGAAAACAGCUACUGUAUCCUACGGUAUGAAAAUAGCACUGCCUCGACGGAGGAUACUGAUAGUGGGCUCUGUCUUCCCAUGAAUGCUAUGGAGGCUGGAACGGCAUCUAACUACAAUUGCUUCACCUCCGUCGACCUGUCUUACUCUAACGUAUACACCUACGACGACAUCAUUUACGAUUACAGCCUGACUAUGGACGACCUUGUGUCCUAG